AUGUCAACUCCAGCCAAAAGAAGACUCAUGCGUGACUUUAAGCGUAUACAACAAGAUGCUCCUAGUGGCGUUUCAGCCUCACCACUACCAGAUAAUGUCAUGAAAUGUGUGAAAUUCAUUAGUGAAAUGUUUCAUCCAAAUGUAUAUGCGUCAGGAGAAUUAUGUUUAGAUAUUUUACAAAAUAGAUGGUCACCUACAUAUGAUGUAUCGUCAAUCUUAACUUCCAUUCAAUCAUUAUUAAAUGAUCCUAAUAUUAGUUCGCCUGCAAAUGUGGAAGCUGCGAAUUUGUAUAAAGAUCAUAGAUCUCAAUAUGUGAAAAGAGUAAGGGAAACGGUGGAAAAUAGUUGGAAUGAAGAUGAUUUGGAUGAUGAGGAAGAUGACGACGAUGAUGAUGAUGAUGAUUCUGAUGAAAAUUGA